GUGAUUGCUGGGCGUACGCAGUGGUGGCAGCGGUGGAGGCAGCCCACGGGAUCGCGGGCGACUGGGCGCAGGCCCCCGUGCUGUCGGUGGAGCAUCUGCGCCUCGCCCUCUCCUCCAACUGCGACGGUGGCUCGCCCACCAAGGCGCUGCAGUUCCUCCUCAACGCCACCGCGCAGGGCAAGGGCUUGCUGGAGGAGGCUGCGUACUCUCAAGGGCUGGCUCUUGAAGGAAGAUCGUUGGUUAGCACCCCCAAGUACUAUGGAAUCCGCGGCAUCGAGCACACGGGGUUCUACGGGUGGCUUGGGCUCAUGCUGGCAGUGCAGCACCAGCCUGUCAUUGUGCACAUCGAGGCGUCCGCACCCUCCUUCCAAGACUACGAUGGGAGAGGCAAGUACGCGGACGAGGAGUGUUUCAGCAACCACCUGAACCACGUGGUGCUGGUGGUGGGCUACCUCUCUGCUGGCUUCGACCCCUCCAAAUCCGCCGUGCCGCCGCCCUUCUGGAUCAUCCGCAACUCAUGGGGCACAGGCUGGGGCGACCAGGGCCACAUGCGCAUGGACAUUCGCAGUGGAGAUGGCAUCUGCGGCAUCAACACUCUCCCGGGCCUCUUCCCCGUCGUCAGAAGCAGUGCUGAUCCGUGUGGGUCACGCUCCUUCCAGUACAGCAUUCAAGGCCCCGUUUUCAACCCGUGUGGGCGGUUCGAGUGCAGCGAGAAGGGCACCAGCAAUCGCUGCAAGUGCACUGACACCCGCUUUGCUCAAGUCAAGAACACCGAUGGGUCGUACACCUGUGCCUAUGUGGACGUGUGUGGGUCCAGCAGUCGCAACCCGUGUGUGGUGGGCACGUGUGUGAACGAUGGCAAGGGCAGCUACUCCUGUGUGUGUCCCCCGGGGUUCAUCCAGGGCAUGACCCUCGCCAACACCGCCUCCUGUGCUCCCGGGGAUGCAGGGGGGGUGUACACGGUGCGGCAGAGCAACGUGUGGUGCUCCGAUGUGCAUCCCAUAUUCGCCCUCACACUGGACCAGUUCCUGCAGCAGAACAAGGGCAUCGCCUGCUCUGCUCCUCUGCCCCUCAACUCAAGGCUGCUCGUCAACUCCACAGAGCAACCCUGCUCUGUCUUCUACAACACCUUGCUCGGCGACACGUGUGCGGGGGUGGGGCGGCAGGUGGGACUGUGUUGGCCGGCAGCGUCCGAUGCGGAGUGUGAGGCGGCAUUUCAGGCGCUCAACCCCGCUGUCAACUGCUCCUCCCUCAGGCCCUCCCAGGCCGUGUGCAUCGAGAGGGACCCCGGGGUGGCGAAUGUGACAGUGGUGUGCGACCAGUACUACCGGGCGCGCCUCAACGACACGUGCGACAGCAUAAGGCAGCUGGCCGAGCCUCCUCUCAGCCCCGUGGACUUCUACCGCCUCAACCCCGGCGUCAACUGCAACCAGCUCAUCCCCCUCAAGGGAUACGCUGGCUCCACCACUUCAAGAAAUUCUUUUGGUGCGGAGGUGUGCAUUGGCAGCACGACCAGCUUCUUAGCAGGCAUCUGUUCCAGGACCAGCACAUACACCCUCUCACCAGGGGAUGACUGCAAGUACAUCAAUUGGAAUCGGCCCGUCGGGAGUGACGACGAAGUAGAAGAGUGGCGGGCUGGUGAUUCGGACAACGAUGGAGGUGCCGAUGCUGAUGGUGACCUCGCGGAGGCAGCGGCGCAUGCACCGGGAGCGACGGCGGAUGCGAAUGCGGAGGCUGACGGCGAGGCGGAAGCGGAUGCCGAGGCAGUUGCGCCCGCAGAGGUGGCCGCCAUUGCGGAUGCGGAUGCAGUGGCGGAGGCAGACAAGGUUGCCGCGGAGGGGUUUGCUGAUGCCGUCUUAUUUGACGGUGAAAGCGAGGACGACGACCCAUGGUGCAUAGUGGCGGACGACGAUGUUCCGCUCUUGAAGCGGAGGCUGCGCCAUCGCCUACAGUCCAAGCCGAAGCGUGCCCGCGUGGUGCUCUCUGACGACCACACUCCGGGGAUGGAGCGCCGCCCGAUACUCACCGCUGCAGAGAAGGGUAAAACCAAGGUCGCGGAAGCCCCUCCUAAUGCCAUUGUUCGUCGCCGCACAAGCAACAAGAAGCGGAAAACCGACGGCGACCCUGGAUCCAGCAAGGGUGCUGCUAAGAAGAAGGUGAAGAAGACGCCAAAUCCGGAUGACAUCGUGGUCAACGAGACGCUGGGCAGCGACGAUGAAUACGCGGAAGCGGCGGGCCCGAUUCCUUCAUUCCCUGAGAAGCCCACGCCGAAAGACCCCACCCUCCAUAAUCCCAACACCCACCCACCUUCCCCUCGCAGCAAGGACACUACGAAAAGGCGACGCGGAUGGACGGUCAUCAUUGACGCGUUCCGCCACUGUGGGAUUUCAAGCAAGCUAGACGGAACGGAGAACCACCUGGUGAUGUCGCAUCUGCGCGCCAAGAGCACCACCGACGUAUCCGAGGACAUGUGCCUCGGGGGGACCACAGGCGACAACACGCGCCUGCUUGGUCAGGCUCCAGAGGAGGAGGAGGAGGAGGAGGAGGAGGAGGAGGAGGAGGAGGAGGAGGAGGAGGAGGAGGAGGAGGAGGAGGAGGAGGAGGAGGAGGAGGAGGAGGGGAUGCAGGGCGAGGGCGUGAGGGAGGUGGCCGUGGCAACUGGCCUGGAGGUGCUGUACCAGGAGACCCCCAACUACCGCGGAGCGGCGGCCGAGGCUGACCGCAUGAUCGAGCCUAGGGAGACGGCUAGGCAUGCCUGGCGAGUGCCAGAUUUGGGAGUUAGAGAGCCUGUUGUUAGUGCAGGUGAGGAGGCGGUGACUGAGGGGGUCUAG